UCCCUCAUCCUCCUCUCUCUCUCUCCCUCACUCACCCCAGAGCAGAGCACAGGCCUCCUCUGAAGGCUGAAGGUGACGACCACGCCUCAGGCGGCGCCAUUGCCAUGGCGGACAAGAUCUCCACGGUUGUCCUCAAAGUUGACCUUGAAUGCACGCGAUGCUACAGGAAGAUGAGGAAGGUCCUCUGCAAGAUCCAAGACAAGAUGAACAUCAAGACCAUCUCCUUCGACGAGAAGAGCAACUCCGUGACGGUGUCCGGGCCGUUCGACCCCGACAAGCUGUGCCGGAAGCUCUGCUGCGAGGCCGGCCGGGUGAUCAAGGAGAUGCAUGUCAAUGGCAAGGAGCAGAAGGCGGACAAGGACGGCGGCGGCGGCGGCGGCGAGAAGCAGAAGGCGCCCAAGGACGCCGGCAAGGCCGAGAAGGAUGGUGGGAAGGCGGAGAAGCCCAAGGACGGCGGCGGGAAGGCCGACAAGGAGAAGCCCAAGGACGCCGCGGCCGCCAAGCCGGAGAAGAAGGUCAAGUUCGACGACGCGCCGCCGGCCACGGACGCGAAGCCCGGCAAGGCCAUGCCGCCGCUGCCGCCCGGCAUGAGCAUGGCCGACCUCGGCCCGCUCCUGGAGAAGAUGAAGCAGGCCAAGCAGCAGGGCGGGGGCGGGCCCCAGCCACCGCCGAUGAUGGCGCCGCCCGUGGCCGCGCAGGGGGUGGCCGUGCCGUCCAUCUGGCCGGCGCCGGCCGGGCCCAUGUCCUACAGCUACGACCCGACGCCGUACGGCCAGCCGUCGUACUACGGCGGGGGCUGCGGCGGUGGGUGCGGCGGGGGGUGCCAGUGCUGCAGGCCGCCCGUGCCGGCCGGCGGGUACUACGGCGUGCCGGUGCACGACCACCAGGGGUGGUACCACGGCAACCGGCAGCCGUACUACCCGCAGCAGCAGCAGCAGCAGCAGCCGUACUGCGGCGAGGACCCCAACGCCGGGUGCAGCGUCAUGUGAUCGGCAGGCGACGCGCCAUGGACAGAGGCAGAGCAAUCAGGCAUCGGGCAUCAGUCAUCAGUGUGUGUGGUCACUCUCCCGUACUCACUCAUGGCCUGCGGUUAAAAUUUUCCUUUUCUUUCUUCCUUCCGUGUCGUGGGUUCUUGUUUAUGUCUAAUUAGGCGUUGAGUUGUGCAUGUGAACAGAGAAGUUGUGCUGUUGUGUUCCUGGUGCCUAGCUUGUUUCCUUAGUUGGUUCUUGUCAUGAAUGAAUAUAUUUAUACCAGUAAUUAAGUACUGUAGUUUAUUUGGAUGG